AUUUUGACCACAUCUAUGUCUCUUUUACAAGCUGCCCUAUAUAUAUAUAUCUCGCCACAGUUAAGGUGGAGCUCUCAAUUGGAAGAUAUUUUCUACCUACCUUCUGAAAGUAGUGUUAAGGUGCAGUUAGCAAUGCCGGACGUGAUGUCUCGUGAGAAUGGUCUUCUAUCGUCAGCUUUGAAUCCGAACGCUCCGAUGUUUGUACCGGCGGCGUAUCGCAACGUAGAGGAUUUCUCUGACCAGUGGUGGUCACUCGUUCGCUCUUCUCCUUGGUUCCGAGAUUACUGGCUUCGUGAGUGCUUUUCCGAAUCCCUGUUUGACCUAAAUUGUUACGACGACUAUGAUUCGUUCUUCCCUGACGAAGAUUCGAUCUCUGUUGAGGAUAAAAUCCGUGGAUCUGAAGACGAAGAGAAAGAAGUUCGCAGGGAUUUGAUUUUGUCGAGAAUGUCGAACUGGCGAAAGGCGCGUUCGAUGGACUCGCCGAGGCUCUACGAGAAGGCACCGAAGAUUGUGAAUGUGAAAGUGAGCCCGAGGCCGAUCCAUCAACCGCGUUAGAUCAAAUGAUACACAGAUUUAACGGCGGAUGGAGUUAGAUCUCCUACUUUAUGUCUUUGUUUUAGCAAAGAUUUCCCUUUAGAGUUACAUGUACAGUGAGCAGCUUAAUGUCUGAGAGGGACUACAGCUUUUCUACUUCGUUUGUAAACCCGAUUGUAACUAUAUGAAUAAAAUUGAUAACUAGAUCCAGGAGGCCUUUGUGUA